AUGGAGAACCAUAAAAGAAUAUAUUGUGAGAAUUUUUUCACAGGUACUUUAAAGAGUAAGGAGGAACUAAGAAGUUUCAUCAGAGAUCGUCAAGGCAAGAUUCUUAGUUGUUAUGCAGGGACAAUUAAUCAGGGUGACAAUUUCGACUUCUCGGAGGUAAUUCUAGUUGAUGCCCUCUUCAUCAUUCAGCUCUUUAUGAUGGAUUCUGAAAACCCUGAAAAUGAUUAUCACAUUUUAAGAUCACGGUGGCUGAGGAAAGCUGUAGAGCAGGACCUCAUACUGUUAGAAAAUCAGCUUCCUUAUUUUCUUCUUCAAGACCUGUACAACCUUGCUAUGCCGGUCUCUUGUUUCUAUCCCCGCAACGAAGUGCAAGCAAAAGAACAGGGCAAUAGACAACAGAGAUGUUUUGAUCUUGAUAAAAUAUGUUACUGCUUGCCUUGCUGUCGUAGAAGCCACCCCCACGAUCAUUCUGUGUUAACUGUUGAAGCCGCCAAAUCUGUUCAUCCCUUUCUCAAGCUUACCUGUGAUUUCUUCAACAGUUACAGUGAAGGAAAAUCUGUCAGGAAUGGAGUAACUAUUGUUUAUACCAAAAUGAACCGCCAAUGA